CCGCCCCCACCAUUUCUUUCUGUUUACUUGCACUCCCAUCACCCUUGCUGAAGUUCUUUCCAAACCAAAAAAUCUGCCGCUCUCUCACGUCUCUCUCCCCCUCUGCAUAACGACAGAUUAGAAGAAGAAAUUUGAGCUCCACAAGACCUCUGCUCAUUUGAACAAAGUAGUAGGAGCCAGAAAACCUGAGAAAUGAACUUAGUGAGAAGGCAUGCGUUGAGCCUCUUCGGGCGGCCGAGUCAGACACUCGAGUGGCACAGUGCGGUGCAGCAGCAGCAGUUACAACAGUGGAGGGGGAUACGGGUGAAGGUCCGAAACGGGAACUUGGAGCAGGCGCUAGCGUGGAUGAAGCAAAGGAUGACCUCGAGCGGGAUGGAGCGGCUCAUAAAGAACCAGCCAACCCGCCACGUCAAGAACUCCGAGAAGCGUGUCUUGGCCCGCAAGAACCUCGAACGCAAGAUUCGAUCGCAGGACCUUGCUCGCAAGCUCAAGUCCAUUCUCAUCAAGAAAGUCAGGGGUCUAUGAGAACAGCCUUGGAGUUCGGAUUAGUUUCAUGAUAAGAAGAAAAACAUCAUAAGUAUGCUGUUAAUUUGCAGGUGUGUACUUUUUCUUCUGGAAUUCAGGGGUUAUGCAGCCCUCGCUUCUGUAAUCACUAUAAUGCAGGGGAUUUCUUUAAAGUUUUUAUAAAUUCAUGUCUUUUGAUAUUGAUACUCCA